GCCGCUCUCCCCACUCUUUUCUGCCAGUGGACUGACUCCUCGUCACUCGUUGGUCACAAAUACGUCCCGCCCCAUCCUAUGCAGAUAAUAUGCAUCUCUCCCCGCCAAAACACAAAACCAACUCAACCUCUCCUUCACGGGCACACGUCGAUGCCCGUCCAUCGACACACACACACGUGCAAGCCUGUCUGAUGUGUGUCAGGAUAUCUAUCGCCUCUGCAGUGCUGCGGUGUCUGUGAGUACGUCCCACAGGAGCUCCUCCUCGUCGACCGCACGGCUGUCAGUGAUCUUCUUCAGAUACACCUGAUGGAUGGAUGGAUUGACACAUCGAUGUGACCACGACACACACACACACAUGAGGUCGUUCAGUGGGUGUGCGAGUGAGUAUGGUGUGCCUGCCUACCAUCGACCGCCGCCCCCAGCUGUACUCCUUCUGCCGCGACGGCGGGAGGUCCUCGACCGAACCCUCCACGAACCCCCUCUCCUUGAACCUGACAACACCCCGCCACCCGACACAGGGCAGACACACACUCAUUCAAGGGGGGUGGUCACACGUUGGCGCGUUCGUUGUGUCUUUUCGUUUGUCACUGGUGGAGGUACCACUGCAUUGUGUUUGUGGAGAGGCAGAAGAGCGUCUUGAUCUGCUUCUGCACCGAAAGGCGCUCGAUGAACGACAGCAUGGACUCCCCCCUGACAGCCACAGACAUACGAGACGACAGAGAUGAGGUUCAUGGCGAUUCGUCUGCUGUGCUGUCCUGUGUGCACUGACUUUCCGAUGCGUCGGUAUUUGGGAUGGAUGGCGAGGCACGCCAACUCACCGAACCCGUUCCUGCAGCACAGCAACACACGACAGACGCAUCAACCACAUUCAUGAGAGGCCAACAACGGUUGUGCAUUUUGUCCGCGCGCCCUUACUCGAAGAGCCUCAGCUGCGCCACACCGAUGAUGCCCUCAUCCCUGUAUCGCGCAUCCGAGCGAAGCACCGUAUCGCAUGCCACUCACUUAGCUGCGCGCUCAUUAUCCUCUCUCUCUCUCCGUGUGUGUGUGUGUGUCCAGUCCCCGUCACCUGAUGAGCACAUGGUAGGAUUCUAUCUCCAACUCGAUGUCAGCCCGGGUCCGCUUAGUCAAGAUGCCCUCGUCCUGCACACACACACACACACACAUCACACGUGCCCUAUGAGCCUCCUCCCUUCCUCCCUUCCUCCCUCCGUCCCUCACGAUGAGCGGCUGGAUGAGUUUGAGAAUGCCCCUGACGUCCCGCGGCUGUGCGCGUCGGAUGCCCUCGUAUAGGUCGCGGGAGAUGAGCAGGCCCGAGCCGUCCCGUGUGUAGAGCUCCUGCAGCAGAGCGCCGUCGUAGGCAUUCACCAGGUGGGCCCUGUCCACCUCACCCUUGUCCAGCGCCUGACAGGCACAUGGUCACCCAGCCAUGUCGCAUGAGAACAUGAGAGCGAUCUCAGACAUGUACUCUCUGCACGUGUGGUGUGAUGUGGUGUGGUGUGGAUGACGCGUACGUUGACACAGAGCUGGCAGUACUUGAGCCCCUUGGUUAGCGCCUGGCCGUCGGAGGUCUUGCAGUCGGCCACGAGAGGGGCACCCAGCAACUCAAGGUCAGGCCUGACACAAACACACACACACGCACCUCAGCGUGUCCGUCGUGUGUCUUGCUAUCCCACUCACCCGCCGAGAGUGGCUGGGAGGAUGUCUGGCGCGCCGAGUGACAGCGACACAUUGUAAUGCUGCAGCAAACCCUUGGCGUCCUCCAACCUACGCACACACACACACACACACACACACAUAUACAUAUGCUCCCGAAUUGCGCCUGUCACCAGCAGCCCCUAGAUCAGCUGGCUGACCUGAGGCUCUGUAUCCUCCUCUCCCUCCCCUGUCGCUGCCCCUCCCGGCCGUCCCUGAACUGGAACCCCUCGGUGAGGAAGAUGAUCUUGGACGCCCGCAGCUCACGAGCUGCCGACACCGCCAGCUGGUCAGACAUCGUGUUGAACACGUCACCGCUGGGCGAGUAACCUGCACUCACAGUGUGUUGAGGGGAGGUAAUGACAGGUGUGUCAUUUCUCGUUCUGUGUGAGUAUGCUGACCGACCGAGAGAGGUGAGGAGGACGACUUCCCCCUGGUCGAGGUGCUGUUCGAUGGCACGGCUGUCGAUCUUGCGCACCUUGCCCGUCUUCUCGAAGUUGAUGCCCCAGUUCCGCGGGAUACCUGAUGGAUGCCACACACACACACACACACACACACACACAGACUGACUAAUGUGGGUGUGAGGUAUGCCCACGCCACGUACCAACUGGGUUAGCGGUGUAGAAUCUGUUGCUGCUGGCGACAGGCACUUGACUGUUGGUCAAGCCUACCCCCCUCGCCAGGUAGCUCUCAACCUCCGUCCGCACAUAGCCACCCUGUGUGCCGCGCCCACGCACACGCACACACACACACACUCUCCACAUAUGCACCGACACCCACAUGCGGCAUCGUCUGGCUGCGUGCACAGGCACCUGUUCCUUGACGACCCGCAGCGUGUCUUCGUUGGUGAUCCUGGUCUCGCCGACGAACUGGACGGGCAUGGCCAUCUGGCGGAGGCGCGUGUCGACCUGCUCCCGGCACCCGCACACCAGCACCAGUUUGACGCCCAAGAUCCACAACACACUCAGGUCCUCCAUCAACGACGGAAACACUGGACGGUCCAACAUGUACCCUGCCCACACCACACACAGACAGAGAGGGAUCUCGUCACACAGACAGGCAGAGGGCACAUUGCUUUCCUUCGUGAAGUUGCCCACCUGGUAUAUGGACAACGAAUAUGUGUCCCCUGUGCGACGCUAUGUACGGCGCGCAGCCCCGGAACAUGCUCACGAACCCAUGCCCAUUGCCGCCCUGACCGGCCGGCUGCUGCUGGGCCGACAGCGGCACCACAUCGAACGGAGGCACCACCUCAAUGCACUCCGGAGGGAUGGAGAACAAAUCGUCGGCCGGCUCGCUCGCCUCGGCCCCCCUCCAGCCGUUCGCAUGACCCUCAGGCACGUCAGACAGCCUCACCCCCGGCCGCACACAUGGUGGCCGGCGGCCUCUGCUGGUGCUGAGGGGUCUUGUGCGGCAGAGGUGGAUGAAGGCGUCCUUCCUUCUGGCAGCUGUGUGCCGUCGCAGCAGGGACUUGGCAAGAGAGGGGCGGGGGACGAUGCUCAGAAGGAUGAUGGACAGAAGGGUGGCACUGCCGACUAGCAGCCGACGCAGUCUUGCGAAAGAACCGAGUGGACGGCCAUGAGGAGGUCGAGGUAAUGCAGCACCGGCGCUUGCCGCAUGGGCCAUAGGCUGACCAUGUCGUCCACAGGCAGCCGACGGCAUGGAUCUGCUCACUGCCUCGUCUUGGUGUUCCUCAGCGUCCCUCCAUGCAUCUCGCUUGUCAAAUGCGAACCUCUCGCCGCUCAUCGCAGCUCGGUGCCGGGAGAGGGACCGAACGCUGUGUCAGUUGUGUAGUCGUCCACACGAGAGAUCUCCGUAGUUAAAAGCGGCGGUACAUGGAUCCACC